UUUGAGAGAAUGUUUUGGCACACUUUCCUUCGGCGCCCUACGGACGCACAGCCGCUCAUUCGAGCCUGAUUAGGAGUGUGUUCUGAACAGAGACGGGUUUUGGGACCGUGUCCAGCUCGGGGCGCUGCUGUAUAUAUUCAGCCCUCGUGCCACAGGAGCGCGACAGGCUACACCCCGGAGCUGCUCGUCACACCUCUCCUGGUUCACCAUGGCAACCGAUCACCAGAACCCUACAUCCAAACAACAGAAUCCUGCAUCCAGCACUUUCAAGCUGAACAUCUACGAGCAGGAGAACUUCCAGGGUCGCUGCCAUGAGCUGACGGGGCCGUGUACCAACCUGCAAGAGGCGGGCGUGGAGAAAGUGGGCUCCAUACUGGUGCUCUGUGGACCGUGGGUGGGGUACGAGCAGCCCGGCUGUAAGGGCGAACAGUACGUGCUGGAGAAGGGCGAGUAUCCUCGCUGGGACGCCUGGACCAACAGCCGGCGCAGCGACUGCAUCUUCUCCUUCCGUCCCGUCAAAGUGGACAGCCAGGAGCACAAGAUCAUGCUGUACGAGAACCCCAACUUCGCAGGCAAGAAGAUCGAGAUCGUAGACGACGACGUGCCGAGUUUCCACGCUCACGGCUACCAGGAGAAGGUUUCCUCGGUCCGAGUGCAGAGCGGCACCUGGGUGGCGUAUCAGUACCCGGGGUACAGAGGGUACCAGUACCUGUUUGAGAAGGGCGAGUAUAAGGAGAACACCGAAUUCGGGGCCCAGGUUCCUCAGAUCCAGUCUGUGAGACGGAUCCGUGACAUGCAGUGGCACCAGAAAGGAUCUUUCCACACCUCCAACUGAGCUUCAUCUCAUCUCCCCUCUCCUCCUCUUCCUCCUCGUGAUGAUGAAGAUUCCUUUGAUGACAGAACGUGUCAGAGGUUCCGUGUGCUGCCGCUUAAAUACCAAUGAAUAAAGGCGUUUUGCUUUACGAGUUA